AAACGCAGACACAAAACCGAGGACUCAGAAACAACACCAACACAAGCUAAAGCUCUUGAGCAUGAGCAACACCAUCCACCUAAGUAUUGUAGUAGUAAGAGUGUCAUGUACACUAAAUAAGAGACUCAUAUCUGAGUCUGUAUGAGAGUUUAAUGAGAGUCGUUUUGUAAACAAGUCCGUAUACUUCGUUCGUGUGUUCGUGUGUAUCAAGAGCGUGGUGUACUACUCAGAGGCAUUCAUCUUCAACUAUCAAGAUGCCAGAAAUUGAUUGGAACAUAGAGAACACUCGGAUCCUUUGUGGUUUGAUGGCUGAGCAAGUUGAGAAAGGAAAUCGCCCAAAUACAUUCUUGAAUUCAGUGGGUUAUGCUGAGGUUGAGAAAGGAUUCAAAGAUCGUACGGGUAUUGUACUGACCAAGAACCAAAUCAAGAACAAGUGGGACAAAUUGAAGGAAGAUUUCAAGGCAUGGAGAAAGCUAACGACGAUGCAAACAGGAAUCGGUUGGAAUAAUGGCACUAUUAAUAUGGACGAUGAAUGGUGGAAGAAAGCUAGAGCUGAUAUUCCAGGAUGUGGGAAGUUUAGGAAGCAGCUGCUUCAAAAUGAAGAUGAGUUAGCAAUUUGUUUUCAAGGCAUUGUGAAUAUUGGUUCUGAUCAUUGGAACCCUUGUGGUAACACUUCUACAAUGGCCGUGGAUGAUGUUGUUCCUGUGGAUGAUGAAGUUGCUGCACUAGGUGGGACACAAGAAGAGGAAUUAGAUGAGGUUACCCCUUCCCCUAGUAGUGGCAAGAGACCGGCAAGGCCUUUCCAUGGUACAUGCAAGAAGCCUAAGACAGCCAAUGCAGUCCUCAUUCAAGAAGCAUGCACUAGUAUGGCUAGUUCAGCCAGUGCAUAUGCUGCCAAGAGAGAAGGAAAAUUCACUAUUGAAGAAGUGAUGAAGGCAGUAGUUGAAUGUGGUGCUGAGUAUGGAUCCGAUGAACACUACAUUGCCACUUCAUUGUUUGUCAAAAGGGAGCAAAGGGAGAUGUUCAUGACCUUACCUACUAAUGAUGUUAAGAAGAGUUGGCUUACCAGAAAAUAUAAUGAUAGGCAUGCAAAGUAGGAGUGCUUGUCUCAUGAAUCCUUUGUUACAUUGCUACAUUGCUUUGUUGUAAGACUUGUAAUAAUUUAGAUUAUUCCAUGUUUAACAUUGCUUGUCAUAUGAAUGAA